AUGGGAUUCCAAAAGGAGAGCGAUUCCCUCGUGAUGGCGGUGAGGUCUCAUUUGGCGAAUCGAGGUUCCACUAAUAAUAUAGUGAAUGGUCAGGAUCCACAAAAUGAAGAAGAUGACUCUUUUCGUGGUGGAGAUGGUGAUGCUGCUACUUUCACGAAUGAUCAUUCCGGAAAUCAUCAGCAAGUUUAUUAUUCAGCAGUGUCAUCGGAAGAAAUUGAAUACAUUCCAUCAUCAUCUCCUUCGGUGUUGCAUCAGGAUGAUUUUCCUGAGUGUAAUCCAGAGAAGGAAUUUAAUGAUUCUCCGAGAAAUAACUCUCUUAGGAUUGUGUAUGGAAAUUUUGAAUCAUCCAAUUUUGAAAAUCAUCAAAUUAUUCAUGAACAUUAUUAUAAUCAUAUAUUGACUCCUCAAUUACAACAGAAGCAACGUGAUUUAGCUAAUUUUCUACUUAAUUAUAAUUCUCAUCAGAAUAUCGUUUCGAAAAUAUUCAGUUUCAUAUUUUGGAUUUUAUACCAUAUGGUUGUUACUUUUAUUGUACAUUUUUGCUUGAAGAACUUUAUUUUCUAUAGUAUAUCUAUGAUCUAUCGAUGUUGUAAUUGUGAAGGAUACAAUUUUGGAUCAUUCAACACGAGUAGUUUUGUCAAUGAUGACGUUUCAUCAAUCACUGCUGAACAUUUCAACAUCAAAAGGAUUUUUCAAAAUAGAAGAAAUUUUGAAAAAUAUUGGAAACAUGCAACCACGUGGGUGUGGAAUUUUUUGUUUGCGGAUAAUUAUGAACCACUUCAGACAAUCUCUGAACGAAUUAAAUCAAGAACUUUAUUUUCAAGAGAAAGGAACUGUAAUUACCCUAGAUUUUGUGACAACACGAUUAGCAAUACCAAGUACAAGUGGUACAAUUUUUUUUGGAAGAGCAUUAGUGAACAAUUUUCACUGCGAAUGAAUCAGUACUUUUUAGCGCUGGCAUGCUUGCAAUUUUGGAAAGUAGCAAGCCCAACAAAUCCAAUAACCACUUGGAUUCCUCUCAUCGUAGUGGUCACUGUCGGUGUGGCCAAAGAAUUCAUUGAUGACUACUUUAGAUAUAAAAAAGAUACAGAAAUUAACUUGAAUAAGGUAACCAUCAUAAGAAACGGCUCUUUUCAUGUCAUACCUUCUUAUCAAGUUCAAGUUGGAGAUAUUGUCUAUCUUCAAGAGGAGGAACAAAUCAGAGCAGAUAUGUUAUUACUGAAAUCAAGCAAUAUUUUGAAGAAGGAGAAAAUUAAUCGUGCAGAGAGUGGGGACGAUGUUGUGGUUUCUACUACGAACGAUUUUUUGAGUGACAUUUCCGGAGGAAUUGCAUGGAUUGAAACAUCAGCACUCGAUGGAGAGUCACACUACAAGGAAAGAAAAGCCAUACCUCAAGUGCAGCAACUCUUUUCAAACAAAGACAGUGAUUAUGCUGAUAUUCUCAACAAUUUUUCGUGUAUUGUGGAAUGCUCGUUACCGAAUGCAGAUCUUGAUCAUUUCAGAGGAGAUUUGCUUGUGACUGACAGAGUAGGAGGAUUUACAAGAUACCCAUUAUCCUAUUACAAUUUACUUCUUCAAGGGACCACUUUGAAAAGCACAGCACAUGCUUUGGCACUUGUAGUCUAUACUGGAAAUGAAACCAAGAUUGGAAUGAACAAAAAAGAAGCAGAAAUGAAAUGGACAAAAAUGGAUAAUUUUAUUAAUCAUGUUGUCGUUGGAAUAUUCAUGGUUCAAUUAGUGAUUGGUCUUAGUUUUGGAAUUAUUGGAAAUUAUUACAACAUUUUACAGAGACAGUAUAGCCCAUUUUACCUGGCAUUAGACUUGUAUCCAAUUCUCCCCGUUAUUAAUACUUCGAGCACAAAUAUGAUAUUUAUUUUCAGAUUUCUGCAUAAUUUUAUCUAUCCAAUUUUACCCUAUUUGAUCAUACCGUUAAGAUUUACAAUGCUUUGCUCGCUCAUGAUACCACAAUCUCUCAAAAUUACCUCAGAUAUUACCAAGUACAUAAUUUCAAUGUUUUUUAUUGCUAAAGAUUAUGGCUUAAGUGACAAGAGAGGAAAUAUGCCAAGUUGUUCGAACACCUCUGUUGCGGAAGAUUUGGGACAAAUUCAAUACAUAUUCACUGACAAGACAGGAACCAUCACUGAAAAUUUGCUAACUCUUUCACGAGUAAUUGUUGACGGACAAGUCAUACGAGUACCAAAACUUACUAAGAAUGGCCAUACAAGUAAUUACGCUCAAUAUCUUUGGCCUCACAAUACUGCCUCAAAAGACUCCAUUCGAAUGAACUUUUUACGAAACUUGGCUCUUUGCCAUACUGUCUAUUGUGAAAAUUCUGAAAAUUUAUACAUGCCUCAUUACAGAUCCAGCUCUCCUGAAGAGGACGCAUUUGUAAAAUUUGCUGCAUCUCAAGGGGUAGUUCUCAAUUAUAGAGAUGAAGAAAGAAUCGUGCUGAAAUUUUAUAAUGAUCCUGAUGAAAAUUCAAGAGGCCAGUCAUGGAUGCUUGAGGAAUAUCGUAUCUUGAAGGUUCUUUAUUUCACGAGUGAUCGAAGAAGAAUGUCCAUUAUCGUAAAACGGCAAGAAUUGAACAAUGCAGAAACUCAGGAGACUAGGUAUUUUAUCAUGUGCAAGGGAGCAGAUGAUGUACUCUCAGAACGAAUGGAUAAUAGGGAUCCGGCUUUGCUACAAAAAACAUUAUCUCAUAUUCAAUCGUUAGCCUCUCAAGAAGGUCUUCGUGUCAUGUUAAUGGCAUAUCGAGAGCUUAGCUCAGAGGAAGUGACGACUUUUAUGGAAAAUAUUUCACUUGCUGACGACAGUAAUGAGCAGAGUAUUUUUGAAGAAAUUGAAACAAAUUUUCAGUUGCUUGGAGCCACAGCCAUGGAAGAUAAAUUGCAAGAAGGUGCAGCCGAAUGCAUCGAAAGUCUAAGAGAUGCUGGAAUUUCGAUUUGGAUGUUAACUGGGGAUAAGACUGAAACUGCAGUUCAAAUUGCUCAAACAUGCCACAUCAUUCCAGCGGUUCCUUCUGAAGAUCUUUUAUUGAUUUAUUUGAGAGGCUCUUCUGUCUCUUCCGUAAGAGAUAGUUUACACCAGGCGUUGACCAAGUUAGGUAAUAGUACUCACCUCUUUGCAUGUUUAAUUUUUGAAGGAAAAAUUCUCAAUUACAUAUUGAACGAUGAUGACAAACAACCUGCUGAUAUCAAGUCAUUAGAAAAUUUGUUACUAUUCUUGAGAGUGUGUGAACAAGUUCAAGCCUGUGUUUGCUGUAGAAUGACACCAAAGUUUAAAGGAAAAAUUGUCAGAAUGAUCAAAUACCCUGUGACCAGUAUCGAGGAUUCACAACAUAACAACAGAUUGCAAUCAUUGAGUUCACCAAUAUGUCUUGCUAUUGGAGAUGGAGGAAAUGAUGUCAAUAUGAUUUUAGAAGCAGAUGUAGGAGUUGGAAUCAGUAGUUCAGCAAGACUUGUUGAUGACAGUAAUGCAAUGGUGACCUCUGAUCAAGAAAUUCAUACUGAGAAUGAAAAUUUACAAGCGGUACGAGCUGCUGACUUUGGGAUUCCAAGAUUUAGUGCUCUGAAACGACUUAUUUUAGUUCAUGGAAGAAAUAGCUACAAGAGACUUGCCCUCGUCUCACAAUACACCAUGUACAAGUCAGUAGUGUUGGCAGCUUGUCAAUUGGUGUAUAAUCUGUUCUUCACCUAUUUUAGUGGAAGCACAAUUUUGCAAUCUCAUUCUCUUAUAUUUUAUAACAUUCUUUAUACAAGUUUACUUCCAUUUGCAUUUUCAAUGGGAGAUAUUAGUAUUGGAGAGUUUUUACAAUUCCUUUCACCAAGCAGAAAGACAAGCAAUAACACGAGUCAGCAUCACGGUCAUUCGUUCGAAGUAUCAGACACGGCUCUCGAGAAAAUUCCAGAACUAUACAAAUCAAGCCAAAAAGGUGAAUCCAUCACCAAGCAAAGUUUAGUGUUAUGGUUUUUAAACGCUAUUUAUCAAGGAUUUACCAUUAUUGCAAUAUUCUCGCUAAGUACUGGAUCAUUCUCUCAAGGAUGUGCAUGUUUUGCAAGACAAUAUACCUCUCUUGAUACGUCCUCUGAGGAAAUUUCGAAAUAUGGACGUUUCAAAAGUGAAGUGGAACAUUUGAAUAGCCUUGUCAUGUUUGUGCUAGUCACAGUGCAGUGGACCACUGUGAAAUUAAUUUAUAAUUGGAACACAAUGACAAGAAUAUGCCGAAAGGAGAAGAGAAAAUUUUCACUCACUUCCAUGAUUUUGAGACUUCGACUUUCGAACAUCAUUAUGGGAAUUAGUGUUGUGACAUUCUUGACAAUUAAUGCCAUGACUUUUUCAGGAAUAUCAUCCACACCAUCUGUCUCGUCCAUACUGUUGGUUUUUGGAAAUUAUUCAUGCUUGUAUUUGAUUGCUCUGUUGACCAUUGUCAUGUGCAUUUUACCAUCACUGUUUGUGAUGUGGGGAAUUCGAGAUGGUCAACUCAUUCUUCUCUAUCAGUCAAUAUUCAACAAGACCUAUGGCUCUGAGUAUCAAACCAUUUCCUCCAUCGAUCAAGAAUACUGUGAUGAAAAAAGUGAAACACCUUCAAUCACACCAUUCGAAUAUGCCUUAUUGAAGUUUAACAUUUCUGCAUUUGUCAGACAAGAAGAAGAGAAAUUUUACCAAAAUGCAUGUCCUUCAUCCAACCAUGUUGAACACGAAACGAUGGAUCUUGACACUCCAAUACAAGAAAAUGCAACCUUUAUUAACUCUCAACAUGCAACAUCAUCCCUCGAUGAGUUUUAUCACACACUUCGAAACAAGGUGAGACUUUCCAUGAAUCUUCCACCAAAAUAA